AAAGCACUCUGCGCCCAGGGCUCGCAGCAGAACCACCGGUCUGGUCCGCUCCUUCCACUUCGCGCCGCCUCCCGGAGCCCAUGGCACCCGUUGCGGGCAAGAAGGCUCGGAAGGGCAUCGUAGAGCGCUUGAACGCCGGAGAGGUGGUGAUCGGAGAUGGAGGCUUUGUCUUCGCCCUGGAGAAGAGGGGCUACGUCAAGGCGGGACCCUGGACCCCGGAAGCUGCAGUGGAGCACCCUGAGGCAGUUCGCCAGCUCCAUCGAGAGUUCUUAAGAGCCGGGUCCAACGUCAUGCAGACCUUCACCUUUUAUGCCAGUGAGGACAAGCUGGAGAAUAGGGGCAACUACGUGGCGGAGAAGAUAUCUGGGGAGAAAGUCAAUGAAGCGGCUUGUGACAUCGCCAGGCAGGUGGCUGACGAGGGGGACGCCCUGGUCGCAGGGGGUGUGAGUCAGACACCUUCAUACCUCAGCUGCAAGAGUGAAACUGAAGUUAAAAAAAUAUUCCAGCAGCAGUUACAGGUCUUCGUGAAGAAGAACGUGGACUUCCUCAUCGCAGAGUAUUUUGAACACGUCGAGGAAGCUGUGUGGGCAGUGGAGGCCUUGAAAGUGUCCGGGAAGCCUGUGGCAGCGACUAUGUGCAUCGGGCCUGAGGGCGACCUGCACGGCAUUUCCCCCGGCGAGUGUGCCGUGCGCCUCGUGAGAGCAGGUGCCUCUAUCGUGGGGGUGAACUGCCACUUUGACCCCACAACCAGCCUGCAGACGGUCAAGCUCAUGAAGGAGGGCCUGGCGGCCGCAGGGCUAAAAGCUCACCUGAUGAGCCAGCCCUUGGCCUACCACACUCCUGACUGCGGCAAGCAAGGCUUUAUUGAUCUCCCAGAAUUCCCCUUUGGACUGGAGCCCAGAGUCGCCACCAGAUGGGAUAUUCAGAAAUACGCCAGAGAGGCCUACAACCUGGGGGUCCGCUACAUCGGCGGGUGCUGUGGGUUUGAGCCCUACCACAUCAGGGCGAUUGCGGAGGAGCUGGCCCCAGAAAGGGGAUUUUUGCCACCCGCUUCUGAAAAGCACGGGAGCUGGGGAAGUGGUUUGGACAUGCACACAAAACCCUGGAUUAGAGCAAGGGCCAGGAAGGAAUACUGGGAGAGUCUCCGGAUCGCCUCAGGCAGGCCUUACAACCCUUCCUUGUCCAAGCCUGAUGCCUGGGGGGUGACCAAAGGGACAGCUGAGCUGAUGCAGCAGAAGGAAGCCACCACCGAGCAGCAGCUGAGAGAGCUCUUUGAAAAACAGAAGUUCAAAUCCACCCAAUAGCCAUAACCCGACCAUUUCUGCUGAGUUCCUGUAUGUUUGGGCCUCCACGUGUACAAAUAAGGAAAAGAUGGUUCAAAAGUGGUGCUUGCCUUAGUGCUAGCCUACGUGUACACUUGGUAUUAGAUGAAUGAAAGAAUCAUAAAUAGCAGUUGGUAGGUCUAAAAGUACGUGUUAGAGUUUAUUUAGAAGCAACAAAAAUACAGAGUAAAUCUGAAACAGGUUUCCUAAACACCUGUCAUGUGUAAGGUUUACAGAAAUCACUACAGCCAAGAAAAAGUAAUCCAGACAUUAAUCCCAUUUUUAGAAGUUGGCAGGCUGGAAGGGAGCACAAGAACUGCACUGUCAUAAGUGACACAGAGCCAGGCAUAAACAGGUGAGUGCUGUGGAAGGUGGCUUCCAACCACUUUUGAACAUGACCGCUAGUAAGGAACACAAUCUAUACAAGGGC